UCCGACGGGCUCCAACUCACUCGGCUGUCCUGUAGCAGCAGACAUUAGAUUCCUCCCUCUGCUUUUUUUCCUCUGCCUUGCCCAUUGUAUCAAACACUUGAAGUUCACAAAAAGUUGAAAAGGACGGUUGGCAGAGGCAGUGGAAAGCCAAGGGUCCUCAUUUCUCAUUUGUUUAUCUCCAAUGGGGGGUUUCACUUUUUAAAGUUUCUCGGUCUCAUUGUCUCCAACUGCACAGAGAGAAGAGGAGAGUCCCCUUUUCUCAGCUGAAACUCUCCGUCUCUGCAACUAAUUACUGUGGCUGCCUCCAUUCUCUAGGAGCUUUCCCCACUUGGUACUUGGUAGCUCCUUCCAUUGCUGUGCUCACUUCAUUUGUUGGGUCACUUUCAUUGUAUGGAGCAAGCUUCAGCUUUUGUGGGUCUGUUCCUAGAACCCAUCCCCAGGUUCUCAUUUCUUCCUUUUUCACCUGUUACUUGCUCUUCCUAAUCCUGAUAUCUAUUUGGUAACCAGAACAGCAGGAGCUGGAGUUGGUCACCCUCUCUCUACUCUCUUAUCCUCUCACUCCAUUAUGUCUCUGCUUUUGUUCUUCGCUAUGAAUUUGUAGCCAACAUGUGCAACUGUGACCAGCUCAAGAAACCAUGACUCCAAGCCCCAGAGAUCUCCACCCCUGUUUGAGGACUUUGGCUUUUAGCCUCCUGCUGCUUAGUUCGUCUGCUCUGAACUCGGAUGGUAUCCUCUUACUCUCCUUCAAGUACUCCAUUUUGAGUGACCCGUUUUCUGUCCUGAAGAGCUGGAACUAUAACGAUGUGACCCCAUGCACCUGGAAUGGAGUCACCUGCACACAGAUUGGGGAUCCUGGAACACCAACCAUGUUCAGAGUCACCGGCUUAGUCCUCCCCAAUAGCAAGCUCCUGGGCUCAAUCCCUAAAGAGCUCGGCAUGAUCGAGCAUCUCACCAAUCUCGAUUUAUCUAGUAAUUACUUCAAUGGAUCAUUGCCUUCGACUAUCAUCAAUUCCUCCACGCUUCAAGUGCUCUCUCUAUCCAACAACGUGAUAUCAGGUGAGCUGCCCGAGUUCGUCGGAGACUCCAAAAGCCUCAGGCUCCUGAAUCUCUCUGAUAAUGCACUGGGUGGAAGUAUUCCUGAGAGCCUAACCUCCCUGAAGAACUUGUCCGUUGUUUCUUUAAGGAGUAAUUACUUUGCAGGUGGUGUUCCUAGCGGGUUUAAUUCAGUUGAAGUCCUGGACUUGUCCUCAAAUUUGCUGAAUGGAUCUCUGCCAUCAGAUUUCGGAGGAAACGGCCUGCGUUACUUGAACAUCUCCUACAACAAACUUUCAGGUCCAAUAGCGCCAGGUUUCGCCUCGAAAAUCCCAAGAAAUGCCACUAUCGAUCUCUCCUUCAACAACCUGAGUGGCUCAAUCCCGGAGUCACUGGCUUGGGCAGAUCAGAAAACAGAGUUCUUAGCCGGCAACAGCGAUCUCUGUGGCAAGCCGCUGAAGAUCCUAUGCUCCAUCCCUUCAACUCUCUCCACGCCACCCAAUGCCACCACAACCACGUCACCGGCCAUCGCAGUCAUCCCGAAGACAGUCAACGGAGGCCCAUCGGCAAACUCAUCCGGAACAUCCGUUGUGGCAAAAGACCAAACACCCGGUGGGCUAAAACCAGGGACCAUAGCAGGAAUCGCUGUCGGCGAUCUAGCCGGAAUAGGAGUCCUCGCAUUGGUCAUCCUCUACGUCUACCAACUCAAGAAGCGGAAGAGCGACAACAAAGUCACCACAACCAACGAGCCCAAAUCACAAAGGAAGCCAGAACCAGCGGCAGAACAAGACCCAGAAGCGGAAUCAAGAAAACCCGCCAACUGCUACUGCCUCACGAUCAAAGGCCACGAAGCAUCGACCUCCGAAUCAUGUUCUAGCGAGGACGACGAACACAAAGACCUGCCCACCACAACAACAAACAACGACCCCAACCAGAAAACGAAGGGGACCCUCGUGACGGUGGACGGGGAGACGCGGCUGGAGCUGGACACGCUGCUGAGGGCGUCGGCGUACAUACUGGGGGCGAGCGGGGGGAGCAUCGUGUACAAGGCGGUGCUGGAGGACGGGACGGCGUACGCGGUGAGGAGGAUCGGGGAGGGCGGCGGGGCGGUGGAGAGGAUGAAGGACUUCGAGCAGCACGCGAGGGCCAUCGCGAGGGUGAAGCACCCGAACCUGGUGAGGCUGCGAGGGUUCUACUGGGGAGACGGCGAGAAGCUCGUGAUCUACGACUACGUCUCCAACGGCAGCCUCGCCGGCGCAUGCUCUGGUUACAGGAAAGCCGGAUCGUCCCCAUUUCACCUCUCUCUCGAACACCGGCUCAAGAUCGCGAGAGGAGUCGCCCGGGGGCUCGCUUACAUCCACGACAAGAAGCUUGUCCAUGGCAACAUCAAGCCCGCCAAGAUCCUCCUCAACUCCGACAUGGAACCCCUGAUCUCCGACUUCGGUCUCGAGAAGCUUGUCGGCGGCGGAGCCAGCCACUGCAUGGCAACGGCUGGUUCGAGCUCAUCGAACCGAUUCGGAAGUCAAAGAUUCGCACACCAUCAAGAUCUCUCAAUAACUAACACUCACCACAGUAAUAACAACAGUCCAUUUGUAGUACCCGCGAGCUCGAAUCUCGGCACUCCCUCUCCUUAUCAAGCGCCUGAGUCCCUAAAGAGCUUCAGGCCGAGCACGAAAUGGGAUGUCUACUCGUUCGGCGUCGUUCUGCUCGAGUUGCUCACGGGGAGAGCGUUCCCGGACCGGGACCUGGCCCAGUGGACCGCCGGUCCGGUCGUCGGCAGCGAGGACCAGGGGUGGGUGCUGAGGAUGGCCGACGUGGCGAUCAGGGCCGACGUGGCGAGCAGGGAGGAGGUGGCGCUGGGUUGCUUCAAGUUGGCAUUUGGAUGUGCCUCACUUGCCCCACAGAAGAGGCCCUCCAUGAAGGAAGCACUCCAAGUUCUUGACAAGAUGAUGACCCCAUGAUUUGAUGAUGUUUUCUGGGAUGUGAUGCUGAAUUGCUCAAUUAGUGGGAUUUGGGUCCCUUUGAAAAAGCUUGGCCACUAAAAAUCAAAGUGUUGUCUUUCUUAGCCUUUUUGACUUGGAUGUAGGAAGGGAAGAGAAGGAAGUAAUCGAUGAAUAGAUGAAGGGUUUGGGUUUUUUUCUUGGCGAAAAGUAAAGUAGGAUUGGUCGGUUCUGCCUUUUUAG